AGUGUAGUUGUCGAGACUGCCCUCCUUUCAUUUCUGUGCUGCAGCUCCGAGACGAUUACAGGCUAGAUGUUUCUGUGGCCACGCUGAAACAUUGCAACACUACUGCCAAAAGACUGCACUCACCUGCUUUCCUCCCAGCUCCACUGCCAUGUUAAUUUCAUGGUGGCACUUUUACCUGGCAACACAAAGCAUCUACAGACAAGUGCUAGACAUGGCAUCCGUGUUGCACAAGCUCAUCACGCCUCUUUUCAGCGGGCCAGCCGAGCCACCCAGGAAUAAAGUCUCGGUCAUUGGAGUGGGUCAGGUGGGCAUGGCCUGUGCCGUCAGCAUCCUGCUACGGGAACUGACGGAUGAGCUGGCCCUGGUGGAUGUGAUGGAGGACAAACUGAAAGGAGAGAUGAUGGACCUGCAGCAUGGAAGCCUCUUCAUCAAAACUCCCAAAAUAAUCUCAGGCAAAGAUUACUCAGUGACGGCAAACUCGCGCAUCGUGGUAGUGACAGCAGGUGUGCGUCAGCAGGAGGGCGAAAGCAGACUUAACCUAGUGCAGAGAAACGUCAACAUCUUCAGGCACAUUAUCCCUCAGAUCGUCAGAUACAGCCCCAACUGCAUCCUCAUCGUGGUGUCCAACCCAGUGGACAUUUUGACCUAUGUGACCUGGAAGCUGAGCGGCCUGCCCAAGCACCGUGUGAUCGGCAGCGGCACUAACCUGGACUCGGCCCGUUUCCGCUACCUGAUGGCAGAGCGCCUGGGCAUACAUUCCAGCAGCUUCAACGGCUGGAUCCUGGGAGAGCACGGUGACUCCAGCGUCCCAAUUUGGAGUGGUGCGAACGUGGCAGGCGUCAGCCUACAGAAACUGAACCCAGACAUCGGUAAAGACAAAGACAAGGAGGGUUGGAAGGAGACUCACAAGAUGGUGGUUGACAGUGCCUAUGAGGUGAUCAAACUGAAAGGAUACACUAACUGGGCUAUAGGGCUGAGUGUAGCGGACCUGACAGAGAGCCUCAUGAGGAACAUGAGCAGAGUGCACCCGGUCUCCACCAUGGUGAAGGGCAUGUAUGGCAUUAGCGAUGAGGUGUACCUGAGCCUGCCCUGUGUGCUGAACAACAGUGGAGUGGGCAGUGUGGUCAACAUGACCCUGACUCAGGACGAGGUGUCUCAGCUGAAGAAAAGCGCAGGUACAUUGUGGAACAUUCAGAGAGAUCUAAAAAAUCUCUGAAGGUCCAAGUCAUUUAUGUAGUCAGAUUGUACCAGCACCUGUAAUCAUGAAGUAUCUUAGAAGUGCAAGAUCAGGUUUCUCUUCCUUUACGCUUAUAAUGUGCAGUUAAUCUGCACUCUACAAUGACAUGUUAAUGUCUUGUCAGCUGCUAUGUGAUCAACUUGUAGAACUUAUGUUUGUUGUGCACAUGCAUUUUUGACUACAAAAUGGUUGAUGUUGGAAAAUAAAGACUUAAGUGUGUCUAUA